AUGUGUCAGUUCCAGACAGAUUUUUGUUUCCCUCCAGAUCUUCUUCCCAAGCCCAGCCUCAGUGCUUGGCCCAAUGCAGUGGCAUCAGAGAACAGCAACGUGACACUGCGAUGUGUGAGUCCCACCCCAGGCAUACGACUUGUUCUCAGAAAGGGAGAUAAAAUUUUGGAUUCUAGGCUUCCACAUUAUUUGACAGAGGGGACAGCUGAGUUUCAUCUGACUAAUCUUCGGCUGAGUCAUGCUGGACAUUAUACCUGUGAAUGCUAUUUAAAGAAGUCCCCCAAUAAAAUCUCACCUUCCAGUGAGGUCCUCUUACUAUUGGUGACAGGGGACUUGCCUAAGCCUUCCCUCCGAGUCCAGCACUUGGGUCGGGUCACCACAGGAGAAGUGGUGAAGCUACAGUGUCAGAAGCCACACAAUUCGUUGUCCCAAAUGUUUGCUCUGCUAAAGGAGGGAAAUUCAUCUCCCAUACAGCCUCUGACUUCAGAAAACAACACGGAAGAAUUCACCCUGCAGAAUGUGACAAGUCGAGAUGCAGGGAGGUACAGUUGUGUGUACCACCAGGCAGAAGCCCCUUUCAGGACCUCCCAUCCAAGUGAUCAUCUUGAUAUCUCAGUGGCAAUGUCCCCAAGUGCCUUAUCCAAAUGUUACACCAAGAUUAAUCUCAUCAGGCUGGAAAUGUCUGCCAUGUUUGUGGUGUUGAUGGCAGUCUUCCUGGCUGAAGCCUGGUACAGCCACAGGAUGUCAUCUAGCAGACCCAGGUAAAAUAACUGAGAUUUUUCCUAUUUCGUGACUGGUUUGUAAUUAUGAGGAAUGUUUGACCACCAAAUUAAUGCAGCUACAACUGAGAAAUAAAAAUGGCCAAGUGUGAUGAUGUAUGCCUUUAUUCCCAGGCCUUAGGAGGCAGAAACAGGUGGAUGUCUAUGAAUUCCAGAUCAGCUGGGUGUACAUAGUGAGUUACAGACCAGGCAAUGCUGCACUGUAAGACCCUGUUAUC